AUGGUUUGGUUUAAUAUUUUUUUCCAUUGUAUUGUUAUUAAUGUCAUCAAUAGUUUUGCAUCAAAAUAUGGUUUAGCAAGUGAAAAAGGUACUGUUUUAGGUAUAUUUAGAAGUUUACAAGCACUUGCUCGUGCCAUUGGACCAUUAAUUGCAUCGUUUGCAUAUUGGUCUAUUGGUGAACAGCCAACGUAUGUAUUUGGUGGUUUAUUGCUUUUAUGUCCAGUUUUUAUUCUUAUUGAUGUGCAACAACGUUUUAAACGAAUGCGUCUCAUGCCAACAAUACUUGUGUCUGAAGUUAAAGAUGAUUAA